CCGGCGGCGCCCAGUCCGCCCGUAUCGCGCCGUGCUGGCAGCAGACAGCCGACCCGCGCGGCCACCUCUGCGACUCGCCAGACCCCCGUACAGCUCUCGCUCGCCAUGAACGUACUGCUCGCCAGCUGCCUCCUGGUCGGCCUGGUCAUCAGCUGCCACGCCAGCAGCGUCUGCGGCGUCGACCACAAGCACGACCAGGCGCAGAGCCUGGAGCACCUCUACGACAUGUGGCAGGCGCAGCGGCUGGCGCGUGCGCCUUAUGACCACCAGCUGAUCCGCAAGAGUUCGGCGGGGCCGCUCCGUCUGCGCUUCGGCAAGCGGACGCUGGGGGACCGGAUCGCCGAGAUCCUGGCUGAGAGGCACGGCGCCGCCGACUCGUUCGAGAGCGACGACCUGCCCAAAGCGGUCUGAGACCCGCGCGUCCGGCGGGGGAGGGCUCGCCGCGGCGCCGGGGGCGGCGGCG